CCCGAAUGACGAGAGGCAGAACCAAGGCCUGGACCUGGCGUGCGUACACCGGUUGAACCCUCUCGCGGCCAACCCCAGAGAAGCUGACAUCCGGCCCGGUCCGAAGCCACUACUGGGAGACCUUGCUUCUGGGCGACAAGCUGUUUCUGGCACCCAUUGGUGACAGUCCCAAGGUCGGUGUUCUCUCGACAGGAUUGCCCCUCGCUGGAGCUUCACAUCUUACACGUUGUACAGGAGGUACUCGAUGUUGGUACUGGCACGGGGAUUUGGGCCAUGUGACGACUUUGCUGAUGGAUUCCCUUCCGCGGAGGUCACGGGGGUUGACAUUUCGCCCAUCCAGCCCGGAUGGGUCCCACCCAACUGUAAGUUCCAUAUCGACGACAUCGAGAAGCCCUGGACGUGGCCGGCCGAGCACUUUGACUUCGUGCACGUCAAGCACCUCGAGGGCAGUGUUGCGGACUGGCCGAGGCUGUACGGGCGGGCCUUCAUCCACCUCAAGCCGGGAGGCUACAUCGAGCUGAGGGAGGUCGACAUCGAGGGCCGCUCCCAGACCCUGGGCGAGCUGGACGACGGCCACAUCUACAAGAGGUGGGCCAAGGUGAUGCUCGAGGCUAUGGGGAGGCUCGGCAAGACCGGGACCCAGGCUCGGGACCACGGAAUCGCCAGAAACCUCGCGUCAGCCGGGUUCGUCGACGUCGUGGAGAAGAAGUGGUCCGCGCCCAUCGGGCGCUGGCCGAGAGAUCCCGUCCUCAAGGAGAUCGGCGCCUGCCACCUCCAGUUCCUCGACGAGUCGCUGGAAGGGUUCGGAACGUUCCUGCUCAAGGAGGUGAUGCGGUGGGGGGAUCCCGAGAUCCUCGCGUUCAUGGGCGAGAUGCGCAAGGCCCUCAAGGACCCGAGGCUCCAGUCGUACCUGACGCUGCAUCUGGUCCACGCUCGCAAGCCGGAGCGGUCCGAGGAGACACAGGAGCAGACAGUCACGGCAGCUGUGGCCUGAGAGCGCCGCGACUUGAUGGUUUGGAAGGCCUCUUCAGUCUGGGUAUGGCGGCACGUGUUGACUGACCACUUAAACAUUUUCCGGCAUUUGGUGAUUCCUUCGCGGAAAUGCAUAACGGCGCGACGAUGUCUUGUGGCGCGCGAAAAGACUGGUCCGCGUCAACGGUGGCAUCCGUCCAAUGGCCUAUUGAAAUCAUGUAGUAGUGUGGUUCAAAUCAAUGAAGCUCACUCACUAAGGUGUACCUCAAAUCAGAUGGUGUCGAUUGGCUAUCUGCCAACGAUUGCGUUCUUGGGCGAAUCCCAGCAAUCUCUAGAGCGGGCACAACCACCUUCUAUUUAGUUCAGAUUGUGUUCCACUGCGCCGAACUCGGAUCAUGGCGUGCACUUCUUCCUAGCAAACUACCCACCUAUC